CCGGUGUAUCAUAUGUUUGCUCCAUGCUAUGCCCCCGCAAUUUGACUCCGCGGUUCGCUCGAAUUAAUCCGUCCUUUCUUUUUCACCCCAGGUUGUAAGAGAAGUAUCGUCAAUUCCAGUCAUCGUUACCGAGGGUAUAGAGAAGCUUCAGGAUUACUUUCCUAUCUACAGUCACUAUCAGAAAUGCCUAGAUGUUAAGAUAAAGAACGUCUGCCCCUUGAGAGUUCAUCUUGUGGACAUAUACGUGGAGUAUCUUACCUUCUGCAUUCACUUAAGGAAGGUGACCACGUCAAGCAUCACGAGUGCUUCAUCAAGUCAUAUAUGUCGAAAAGCUCACUGGGUAAUUCUCAGCGAUCACGGUGAAAAACGUUGGUAAGGCAGAUAAUCCAUUUAGUCUCUGCCUAAAGGCCAUUCGCACCAAAACGAAUCUCUUCCACCAACUGACUUCUACUAUGACCUAUCUUGAAAUUGGGGCGCUACACGAGAAACUGGAUGUUGUAAUUAACGCUCUCUCUGUUUCCUCUGGCUUUACCUCCCCCAUUAGGACCAUAUCUCAGGCGUCCACUAUCAUGGCAUCAGGUCACCGUGUUGUGCCAGGUCUGCUAUCUCGCCACUUUGUGGGGAGACAUAAUGAGCUGAAGUGGCUUCAAGAAAAGCUUGAAGUAGCCGAAGAGGUGGUUGGCGGUUGUGUGGGUAUCUAUGGCACGACAGGACUCGGCAAAACACAGUUGAUGCUCGCGUACGAGAGGUCGCAUGCGCAUAUUUACUAUAACCAGUUCUUUCUCAAUGCUGGUUCUAUGACCAAGCUAUCUGCCUCAUGUUAUGAGGUGCUAGAAGAACUAGACCUAGCAGCAGAUGCCAGUCCGGAUGAUCAUGCAACGAUAAAGACAUUUUUUCGGUCACUGAUGAAGAUGAGCAAUUGGCUUUUAUUGAUUGAUAAUGUCGGCCAGGAAGAAGUUGACACGAUACGACAACUUCUCCCUAUUGAAAUUUAUGGGCAUGUUAUCAUUAGUUCCCAGCAACGAUUAGUGAUUGAAAAUUUGGUACAGUCGGCUCAUGACUCGCUGGAAAUAAAGAAACUCGAUCCCGAUGAGGCCAUCCAAAUUUUUAUCGCAAGCGGAUACGAGCCACUCAAAAGUAGUAAGGAGUUAGCCACCGAGAUUGUCAAAGAGGUCGGUCUGCUACCUCAUGCUAUCGAACAGGUGGCAUCAUAUAUCAAAGUCAACAACCUUGAUUUGCAGACAUUUCUCAAUAGAUAUCGUCGAACUCCGAACCAGGUCUUGGAGUGGAAUGAUGGCUACACUCACCAUCGUCAACCAGUUGCUAAGCAUUUCAGCAUGAUCUUGCAAACACUGGAAGAGUCACACUCUGAUGCUCUUGAGGUCUUGAAGUUCUACUCUUUGUUAGAGCCUGAAGCAAUUCCACUAUUUGACGUUUGGGGCCGGACAACCGAAGAGGCAGGGUUCGACGCAAAUGUCGGAGCCAAAUCAGUUCAGCAACGGGGUAAAUUCAAGACUUGCGCUUGUUGGCCAUUUGACUCUUGCUUUGCACCACGGCAAAACAAUGAAGCUACCGUCAAGAUUGGUCGCUUGGAGGAAGUUUUUCGAAAUGAAACCGCGCGCGAAGCUGCUAUUGGCAAACUUUGGGACCUAAAUCUGGUGCGCCGGGUCGACAACAACCCUAAACUUCUCUGGAUGCACGAUCUUACCAAGCUCGCGGCACGAGCCUCAGUCUUAGCCGCAAACACCGACUUGUUGAUUACACAGGGAAUAAGUGUCAUGUAUCAUAUGUUCCCUCUUGAGGAUACAACGGCUAUUGAUCGGGCAUGGGUUGAAUUAUGUCUACCUCAAUGUGGAGCUCUUAUCAAACAAGCGAAAGCUAGGGCUAUUCCCGUUACCCAGUACGUAGGUUUACUAGCACUCAGUGGCCAAGCCAACGUAUCCCACGGUGCUGUAGUGACUGGUAUGUCACAGCUUGAAGAAGCAAAGCCGAUAUAUGUCGAACGUCUUGGUUCAGAAAACACCAGGACUAUAUUAUUGAUACAAAAACUUGCCCAAGCGAAUAAAUUUGCUGGGAACAUGAAGAGGGCAGAAGAGCUUUACCGACAAGCACUGAUACUACGAGAAAAGAUAUCUGGCAGAGAGGCUUCAGAGACACUAGAAGUAAUGAAUGAUCUAGCGUCAUUGAUUGAACGUGCCGGAAGGUUGAAGGAAGCAGAGUUGAUUUUCGAGUCGUUAUAUAAGCGGCAUAAGGCUAGAGGGCAGAAUUCUCCCACCACUAUGGCUGCUGCUCAUAACCUUGGCCUCUGCUAUCACAACCAGGGUCGCUUGAAUGAAGCCGAGCGUAUGUACCAAAUCGCUCUGGGUCAGUCGGAAAUCCCGUUUGGUAUUGAAGACGUGGGUAGCCUGAAGACUCUCAGUAAUCUCGCUGCGACUGUCGACCACCAGGGCAGACUGGACGAGGCACAAUCCCUCUACGAGAAAGCUUUGCCUUCAUUUAUCAAAGUUCUCGGGUUUGAUCACUUCCUCACUAUACGUCUCCGAGGAAACAUGGCCGGUCUUCGUCGACAACAAGGCGCGUUCAAACAAGCCGAAGACAUGAUCAAAGGGUGUCUGGAAGUGGUAACCAAACUAUAUGGGCCUGAUAAUUUCGAAACUAUAACCGUAUUAUAUGAUCUGGGAGAAGUUUUACACGCGAAAGGGGAUUUCCUAGCUGCAAAUCAAGCCUAUGAGAAGGCAAUAGGUCUAUGUGUGGGGGACCUAGAAAACCAUCCAGUAGUCUUCCGGUUCUUGGACGCUGCUGGCCUUCUGAAAAGGGAGAUGGGCCACCUGAAGGCGGCCGAAGACAUGUCACGCAAGGGCUACGACCGCUUCCAGCAAAUGCUAGGAUGGGAUGACCCUUAUACUCUGGUUGCCGCAAAUGACUACGCUGAGCUUCUUCAUGCACAGGGGAAAUACGAUGAGGCUAGAGAUAUGUAUGCAAAAUGUCUAGUAUCUCUGGAGAGGCUCGUCGGCAAGUGUCAUCCACACUACCUCAUGGUAACAAACAAUCUCGGUAGAAUAUGCUUGGCGACGGGAACGAAUGACCCCUUGGUCUAUUUUGACGAAGCCUAUCAAGGAUUCAAAAGUCUAGUCGGCCCGGACCACUUCUGCACUUUAACCAUUGCCCUCAACCAAGCUCGGUGUUGGGCUGUACGUGGAGAUUUUGAACAUGCACACGAAUCAAUCGAAACUGUACAGAAAAAACUUCAAUUUUCUAUUGGUGAUAGGUGUCCCCUAACAUUGGCGUGCGAACUUAUCCAAGGAUUGGUUGCCGCCACCAGAGGCGAGCCAGGGUCUUUGGUAUUGGCCAAGGAAUACUUGACGAAUGCAGUCGAAAGGGCGCAGCAAUUCGGUGCAGACUACUUCCUCGGGCUGUGCCUCCUCGUUUUGAUCCUGAAACAGUUAGAAGUCGAUGAGGAUACUAUCCGGCGAUACUCAACUCUGCUAGAUCCUUCUUCAACUGCCAUCCAAGGUCUUUCACCUUGGUUUUUACCAGGCCAUGGAACCGUGUCGGUAUCUGAUCUUCUUAGCAUGGACCCUAAGGAAUUUCACUGGACUAAUUAUAUUCCCUUGGCCAUUGGAGAGAAUGUGAGGCUAAGAUGGGGCCGCAAGUGUUGUUGGCGAGAAGCAGACAAGACCCAGAUCAUUGGAUAAGAUCACAGCUCAGCUUUACUUUUGAGCAGGUCUCAAUCUGCAGUCAAAUUUGGCUUAUUCUACAAUUAUUAGUUCACUUCCAAUUGUCAGUCAUUUGUCAAUAUAUUUGCUACAUUGUAUACGACUAAAUUAGUAUGGCAACUCUACCUAAACUUGGUUAGCUUAUAUGUGGCAUAUAUGACCCCUGAUUAAUAGAUUUUUGUUCGUGAUGA